AUGUAUCUUCCUCGACCUCGCCCGAAGAAAACAUCCAUCACAAGAACACGCGCAGGAUGCCAUUCAUGUCGGAAACGAGGUCGAAAAUGUGAUGAGACGAAGCCAGAAUGCCUUCGAUGUCAACGUGGGAAACGGAAGUGCAGCGGCUAUGAGACUCAUUAUACUUUCCUGGACGUGACCUCCUCCACUGCAAACAGAGCAGAGGCUGUUUUGGCAAAGAACAGGUCUCAGCAAACAAAUACUGUUCGCAACGAGAUCUAUGAUGGCAAUUCUCCUCCCAGGGUUGAGUCAGUUGACAUGGGGGAUGUGCAAAUUGAUUCGGGGUUACAGCGCAUCUUGACUACGAACUUUUCGAAUUGCUUUACAUCGCCAACCGUUGUAUCACCUGGCAUUUCUCAAUCCUCCUUCGCUUCGCCUUCUAGGUGCAAUUCGUUAUUCUAUUCAGAGCUUGGAUGGAUGAAUGAUAGGGAUAUUUUCUCAGUUGGUUCCUCGUCAUUUCAAGAGCAGCAAUCGUACUAUUGCUGUCUAUUGUCCACUACGCAUCCACAACAAGGACUCGGAUCAGAAGAUCCCACAUACCAUAUUUACCACAAUCACUGCCAUGAAAGAUUGAUGACUCGACUCCCACCAUCUUACCUACCAAGCAUUCAAAGGCUUGGUGUUUCACCAAUGGUGACGCUCGCCUUACUAUCUCUAUCUGCCUCUAAUCUUGCAAAUAAAAACGGAAGUCUAAAAGACCGGAGUCAUUCAUAUGCGUAUCGUUUCUCAGACCAAAGCACCCAACAUUUCACUUUUGCCUUUGAAUACUAUCAAGAUGCGCUUUCGCUAUUGCACGCUACUGCCGAGUCAUCACAGAAGGAGCCCGAGUCUUGUCUUCUGACUGCAAUGCUUGCUCUCCUUUUUGAAUGGGAGUCCGGCUCUCCACUUGCUGUGCGUACACACAUCAAAGGCGCCGAAGCUAUAGUAUUAGUAAAUUAUCGAGCAAUUUCACUCACAAGUUCGGGGCGUUCUCUUCUCUGUGCAUGGGCAGAGUUCCAUGCGUUGUGGGAAGCUCAUCUGCUUCCUUUUCGGCGAACUGAGAUAGACAAACUCAUAUCCGUACCGAUAAUGUUGGCACAUAACUUUGCUGAUAGCAGAGUCGCAAUUUAUAUGAUCUGCACCGAUGCAUCGUUUUUGUCUCAGCGAUUAUCGCUGGUUUCGUGCUUUGGGAACGAUUCUGAAUCCAUGUCGGAAGUUAUGCAGAAAGCACAAAAAUGGUACAACAGCCGUUUCCAGGGCUUGUUAUCACAGAUACAUGAAUCCGGUGCUGAGGAAGAUGAUGGAUUUCAUUCCCUGGAAUCACUUGUUGCGCUCAUUCCUCAUUUCAAACUUCUUUUGAAGUCAUGGCAUAGUGCACUUGGUCCCGAGGAUUUACCCAAAGAAGAUCAACUUGAAUAUAGCCCGGAUGAAUCAUCGCUGUCUAAUGGUGAUGGCGUUGUUUUGGGCAUCGAAGCUCUUGUAUUCAAGACAUAUGCAGCAGCCAGAAUCUAUCUCCACUACUGCGCGGCGGAAGUUAUGCUGAGCGAUGAUUUUAUAUCACAAUUGCCAGUGAUCAAAGCACAUGCAAAAACAAAAGACUUGGCAAAUAGAUCCAAAGCAUCUGACACAAUCAGUCAACACGCAGAAACCCAGCAAAGCUCUUUCACUCGUUCUCAAAACCCUUCCCCUAUGGCUAAUCUCUGGGCCGAUACUGUUCUCCGAAUACUUGCAGGUAUGGACUGGACAGACGAUGCAGCACUUUCACCAUAUCAUGAGAAUCCUUUCUGGACUCUAUGGUUAGUAUGCAGUGUCUGUCUUGAUUCACAGCUGAUAUACAAAGUAUUGAAUAAUCUUCUCCCUAUGCUCCGGGGAAGAUAUCCAACGCAGACGCCUUUGCUUAAUUGCAUUUGUCACUGGCAAGAUUACUUCAGUUUUCUGCUACAAAAGUUAGAUCUUGGCUGGAAACCAUAUCUUGUCAUGAUUCCUACCCCUGCGAAUCAAGAGAUAGGAACUGACCAAGAUCCUAUUUUUGCAAUCCAUGGUUUAGAUGCGAAGGGAGAAAUGGUCCAUUUCACAGAAAGAAUUCCGAAGAGAAGGAGCUUCUGUUCAGUAAAAUAA